AUCGCUCCUUUUCAGCCAGAUCCGCUAGUGGGGAGAGCAGGAGCCAUAUUUGAAUCAAACCCUUAAAACACAAUCCAGCAGAAUGAUCAUCUACAAGGAUAUCAUCACCGGAGAUGAGAUGUUCUCUGACAUCUACAAAAUCAUGGAGUCGCCCAACGGAAUCUUAAUCGAAGUCGAAGGCAAGGUGGUCAGCAGGUCAGAGGACAUUGACGACUCUCUCAUCGGCGGCAAUGCGUCAGCUGAACUCCAGGAUGAAGGCACAGAAGCCAGCACCGUCAGCGGCGUGGACAUCGUCUUGAACCACAAGCUGCAGGAGACGGGCUUCACCAAGGACACGUACAAGUCAUACAUCAAAGACUACAUGAAGACACUCAAAGUAAAACUGGAGGAGACUAAUCCUGAAAGGGUAAAACCCUUCAUGGCUGGAGCGCAGGAAGAAAUCAAGAAAAUUAUGGCAAAUGUCAAGAACUAUCAGUUUUUCACAGGUGAAUCCAUGAACCCAGAAGGAAUGGUUGGAUUACUAGACUACCGUGAAGAUGGCAUCACUCCAUUCAUGACUUUUUUCAAGGAUGGCCUGGAAAUUGAAAAAUGUUAAUGCUUCAGGAUCUACAUCUUCAUCAUAGCCGGCUGCUGCUUCUCAUCACGAAUUUAACGAACGUGGACUGGACUUCAUUUGCUGUUUAUUUGGAAUGGAAGCAUUAUUUUAGACUGUAAUAUCAAAAUAAAAAUAAAAACUUACUUGGUCUAUUGAUGGCCUGAAUCACAGAUGUUGGAGAGCAUCAGAGGAAGAAUUUACAUCACCUUACCCCACAACAAAGUCUGAAGUGAAUGGUGCAGUAUGAAACAGUUUUGUCAAGGGAUUGUCAUUAUGAGCAGGGAAAUUUCAAUUGGAUCUAUUUUUUCAGCUCAUUAAAACAAAUUCUCAGCCUCACCGCUUGCCCUGUGUAUGCAGCUAUAUGAGACAUGAACUCCCUCUCCCCCAGGAUUGAUCAGCCCCUGACUUGAGUUGUAAGAAAAUAAACCACUGGAUACAAUUUC